AUGACGCCAGAUGAGUCUGCUCGGAGGCUGUACGAUGGGCUAGCUCGGAGCGGGAGUGGAGGGAGCAGCUCCUUUGCUGCAGAUGGCGGCGAAGCGGAUGUGGAGCAGGAUCCCCGGCGGCGCUCUAGGGUGGAGCAGGACAAGGCUCGCGUCUUCGCCAAGCGCUUCGGCGAGAAACCUCCCUUCAUCCUCGACCAUCCUGAUCGACAGAAGGCGACGAGCGAGCAGUACCCCGGCGUCGUGCUGGGAUCGUUUGCGGGCGGUAUUGGCGGACCAGGCUUUGGGUUUGGGGAGCACUCGGUCGGGAUCGGCGAAAUGGAUGGCAUCCUUGAUUUCUCUCAGCCGAGGCAGGACGGACGGCACGAUAGUGCUUCGGGCCCCGCUCCGAAUAUCGCCCCGUGGCUGGCGGAGGACAAGGCAAACGAGUCGCGCUCGAGCUCGGCGGAUCGGAGCGGUACACAUACACCCGGAGACUUUGCGGCUUCGCAGUACGGCUCGCAGGCGUCGCUGCCCCAGGUCAGACGGAACGGGACGGAGCAGAAUCUGGCGGACGGGGCGGCUUCCUCUUCGACGUCGCGGUCGGGUAGUCAUCCCGAGAUCUUCCCGGUACCUCCCCCAGACUCGUCGGCAUCGUCUAUAAAUGACCAGCAUGCGCGUCACGGCUCGACAGACUCGGUACAGACCCUCCCGGGCGGCCAGCAACCGGCAUCACUGAAAAAGAUGCCUCAACCCUUCGGAGAUCAGUUUGUGGCGCCUGGCGGAGGCAGAGGGAGCGUUGCUGGGAGCAAACUGCGAUUGGGCAGCAAGGCUUCGGACUUUGGGAGCACAGGAAGCGCCGACAGUGGGAAGCAGCGCAAGGGAUUGUUUGGGGGCUUUCUCAAGCGCAAGCCUACUGCCGACUUUGGACCGUCAGAUGGCUCGCAACGCGGCUCUACCUCGUCUAGGGGAUCGACCUCCUCCUUAGCGUACAAGCGGUCUCAUCCCGACAUGUCGCCAGUGUCCCCCAUGGACCUCCGUUCGAGACAGCAGUCCUACUUCAUGGAAGAUAUGGCCUCGCCUACGGACGAGCGCAAGGGAAUGGACUUUGGGACUAUCCCCGAGGCGCGGGCGGACGAGGCGCGGAUGGACACAGGCUUAUACCUCGAUAUGAACCUGGAGGAUAUGUCUGGCAUCGUCGAUACGAGCCGGAGCAUUCCCCAGGCUCAGCAAGGUGCUGCAUCAUCCAUAUCAAGCACCCAAAACAGCACCUACUUCAGCUCGUUGGGGUUGCAGAGCGCACCGACAAGCGAUAGCUUUGCGACUACGGCGGGAACCGAUUCGAGCGGCGGCUCGUCGGGCAGCGCGGGUGCUGUUGCGCCAGGCAGACAGGUCGUCGGCGAGGCGGAGAGGAAUGGGCAGCAGUUCAUGCGGACCAACCCAUUCUCCGGCUCGCCCACCGGCUCCAUUGACUUUCGGCUGGGGACGCCCCCGUCUCCGCAGAACCUGUCGCCGAAGGGUAUCCAUCCGAUGAUAUCAAUGCACAACCAGCCUCGUCGGCCAAGUCAGCUCCGGAAUGUCAAAAUCGGGUCAUUCGACUCGGACGGAUCGUCGGACUUACCGGAAAUGGGUCUCCAGCCCCUUGCGCCCGCCUGGGCGGCAGCGGGUCCGGCGACUCAGACGGUCUUCAACGAUCCGUUCCUCGGUGCCUCGGGUCGACCGCGCACGGCGGAUGGCUCUUCGCCUGCCUCGACCCACGCCGGGUCCACCUUCACCACUCCCCAAGCUAUAUUUGACGGCACAUUCCCUGCUGCACCCAUAGCUGCGGACGCAUCGGCGCCUGCUGGAGCUGGUGCGGAUGCCGCGGCUUGGGCAGCUCCAGAGUCAUGGGGUGUUGAAGCGGACGAGGAGGAAGAGGAGGAAGAGCAGAAAGAAGAGUCUGGCUCAUCCCACGGCGACGAGGACGAGUGGGACAUGGCCGAUGGGGUGGGCGGAUCAGGGGAUGAAACGGCGGAGGACAUCCAAACUAUCUCGCGCAAGCCUCCGCCGUUCGGGCAUGGUUCGCUUGGCAGAACGUCGGGCCAGACCGGAUCAAAUAGGGGAAGACCAAGAACGGGUACAGGCAGACCCAGUACGACCAACAAGGUCGACAGGGGUCGACCUGGGACAAGUGGCAGUAUAGCUGCUAGCAAUGUACCACAUUGGGUCCGGAUCUACCGCGCGGACGGGACCUUCGCGGUCAUGUCGUUCCCCCUACAAACACCUACUGCGGAUAUCAUCAAUACCCUAUCGGGUGCUAAUGAUGCGCCGGCGGGAAAGAAGGUGACGACGAGUAUGAAGCUGUUUGUGCGAGAAAGGGGACAAGAUCGUAUGCUGUCACCACUGGAGAAACCGUUGGUCAUCCAAGACCUACGACUUCGACAGGCUGGGUAUACCGAUGCGGAGCGGCCGGAGGAAUUGGGCAAGGACGACUUGAUGAUUCUGUGCAAGUUCAUCUUCCAAACGCCAGUCUUACCAGUCAUGGACCCGGACGAGGAGAACCAGUACGACUCGUUCGAGUUCAUCGAUAUCGGCGGCCGUGACCUCCAGACCAUCCCCAUCUUCCUCCACCUCCACGCCCACAAUAUCAUUAUCCUCAACCUCUCGCGGAACCCCAUGACCGACAUCCCGCUCGACUUCAUUCAGGCCUGCACGGCGCUCAAGGAAUUGCGGAUGACCAAUAAUGCUCUCAAGCGUAUUCCCGCAUCCAUUCGGGCCAGCACCAGUCUCUCCCGGCUGGACGUCUCGAGUAACAGGAUCGCCGAUCUCGAGAGUGUCAAUUUGCACGAGAUCGGUACCCUCCUAUCGCUCAAGGUGCAAAACAAUAUCCUCACCUCGAUCCCGACGUACUUUGCGCAGAUGAAGGCGCUCAAGUACCUCAACAUCUCCAACAACAAAUUCGUCACGUUCCCGGCGGUCGUUUGCGGGAUGGACACGCUCGUCGAUCUCGACGUGUCCUUCAACAACAUUACGGAGCUCCCGUCGGAAAUGUCCAACCUUCAGUCGCUGGAGAAGCUGGCGGUCUUCGGUAACGAGCUCUCCCAAUUCCCCGAGUCAUUCUCCACUUUGGCGAACCUCCGGGAUCUCGACGUACGGCGGAACCGAUUGACAGACUUGACGGCGGUCUACGCCCUGCCCAACCUCACUCGGCUGCAGGCGGACUGGAACAAUAUCGUCACGCUGGACGCGCAACUCGGGGCAAAGGUCAAGACCUUCUCGGUUCCCCACAACUCCAUCACUCGGUUCACGCUCGCCCCUAUCGUCGGCGCCACGGCCGUCACGUACAGCCUGACCAACCUCAACCUCUCCCAUGCCAAAAUCUCCACGCUGGCGGACGAGGCGUUCUCGGGCCUGACAAACCUCGUCGAUCUCAACUUGAACUUCAACCAGUUCACGCGGCUCCCGGCGACUCUCGAUCGCCUGACCAACCUGGAGAUUUUCAGCUGUACCGACAAUAUGCUGAAUGAUCUCCCGGUGGGUUUCGGCAAGAUGCAAAAGCUGCGGGUGCUCAACGUGCACAACAACAACCUGCGGAGCCUCCCAUCUGAUAUCUGGGGGUGCGGAUCGCUCGAGAAGCUCAAUGCGUCUUCAAAUCUGCUGCAGCAGUUUGAAGAGCCGCCGGAGGAUCUGGUGGGGAUGAUGGGACCGGAAGCGGCCGAGGUGGCCGCGCGAAAGAUGUCCAUCAUCUCGGAACCGGGCGCCAAAAUCGUCAUGCCCCUUCCGCCCGCCGGUCAAUCCCUGCUCAAACUCUUCCUCGCCGACAAUCGCCUGAACGACGAUGUUUUCCACCAGAUCGCCGAGAUGCCCAAUCUCCAGGUUCUCAACCUUUCCUUCAAUGACAUUUACGAGAUUCCGCCGGGGACAUUGGCGAGUGUCAAUCGGCUCGAGGCGCUCUACUUGUCGGGAAACAAGUUGACCAGUCUGCCGAGCGAGGAUCUGGAGAAGCUGCAGCGGUUGACGAUCCUGCAUCUCAACGGCAACAAGCUGCAGACGUUGCCGUCGGAAUUGGGGGCGAUCAAGACACUGCAGCAUCUGGAUGUGGGGAGCAAUGUGUUGAAGUACAACAUUGCGAAUUGGCCCUAUGACUGGAACUGGAAUUGGAAUACCGCUUUGCGAUACCUCAAUCUUUCCGGGAACAAGCGGCUCGAGAUCAAGCCAACAAGCGCGCAGGAGAUGUCUCAUACCCCUGCGCUCCGCAAAGAGCUCUCGGACUUUACCGCACUCACUCAUCUCCGCGUCCUCGGUCUCAUGGACGUCACCCUCCGUAUCUCGGCGCUUCCGGACGAGACUGAAUCCAAGCGGGUCCGGACCAGUUUCGCCGAGGUCAACGAGAUGCGGUACGGUAUCUCGGACAUCCUCGGUACGAAUGACCAUCUCGCACUGUUCGACAUGGUCAACCCAAACUUCCGGGGUCGGGACGACGAGUGCCUCUUUGGGAUGUUUGGCCGGUCUCAGCCAAUCAAUCCCUGCGGCCGGAUCGCCAAGUUCCUCCAGGAAACCUUCGCGGAUGCGCUUGUCAACCAGCUGGAAAUUCUCGGACCGGACGAAACGCCUGUUGAGGCCCUUCGGCGCAGUUUCUUGCUGUCCAACCGAAAGACGUUCGAGUUCUUUAUGAACGAGCAGCUUCAUCGGAAGCGCUCAGUCAACGGGUCGGCGGGGCCGGACAGCAUGUUCAAGAACUGGCAGCCCGCGCAAAACUCGCCUCUGCGCACCGGAUCGUCCGCGGCUGUCAUCUACCUCAAAGGGAAGACGCUGUAUAUCGGGAACGUCGGCGCCAACCUCGUGGUCAUCUCGCGAAAGGGAGAGGCGGAGCUUUUGACCAAGCUGCAUGACCCAACGGAGCGGGAGGAGACGGCUCGGAUCCGGCGAGCCGAGGCGUGGGUCAGUCCAAAGGGGCUGAUCAACGAGGACAAGGAGCUGGAUGUCUCGCGGGCAUUUGGGUACUGGCAUCAGUUCCCAGCUGUCAAUGCCUCGGCGGACGUGGCGGUUCGUCACCUCGCGGAAUCGGACGAAUUCCUCAUCAUCGGAAACCGGUCGCUCUGGAACUGCUGUUCUUACCAGACCGCGGUCGAUAUCGCGCGGACGGAACGGGACGACCCUAUGAUGGCCGCUCAGAAGCUUCGAGACUUUGCCAUCUCGUACGGCGCGGACGGGAGCGUCAUGGUCAUGGUCAUCAAUGUCUCGGACCUCUUCUUUGCGCGGCAUCACCGGUCUCGUGCGUUGACGAGCGCGGGCGGUCCGAUCGAUCAGGAAGGAGAUCAAAUUAUGGGUGUGCGGCGGAAUAUGCGGAGGCGAUACGAGGAGGUCGGGGACCGGACACUCAAUCGGCUACAGCAGGAGAUUGAGCCACCUCAAGGCCAGAUCGCUAUCGUCUUCACGGAUAUCGUCAACUCGACGCAUCUCUGGGAUACCAACCCCGGGAUGCCGAGCAGUAUCAAGAUCCACCACAAUCUUUUCCGUCGGCAACUUCGGCUCGAUGGCGGAUACGAGGUCAAGACGGAAGGCGACUCGUUUAUGGUCUCCUUCCAAAACGUCCUGUCCGCUCUGCUCUGGUGCUUCAAUUGCCAGAUCCUCUUGCUCCAGCAAGAAUGGCCACGGGAGCUGCUGGAUGCGCACGACGGGAAGGUCGUCCUUGACUCCGAGGGCAACAUCGUGCAGCGGGGUCUGCGUGUCAGGAUGGGCGUGCACUGGGGCGCACCGGCGUGCGAGCGAGAUCCUAUCACCAGGAGGAUGGACUACUACGGGCCAAUGGUGAAUCGAGCGGCGAGGAUCAAUGCCUCGGCGGACGGAGGGCAAUUGAUGGCGAGUCAAGAUGUCAUUGGGGAGAUCACGGCGAUUAGGGAGUAUCUCGACGGGAUGGAUGAAGAGGGUUUGAGCGAUCUCCCGCCAGAGAUGAAGAGGGAGGUGCAGGAGCUGAGACGGAUCGGGCUGGAGGUGAAGGAUAUGGGAGAGCGAAAGUUGAAGGGUCUCGAAGCAGUACCUGAAAAGUUGCAUCUCUUGUACCCCAAGCUCCUCGCGGGUCGCUUCGAAAUCUCGUCCAACAUCAACAAGGCAGUCGAAGCCAAGGCGCUCCCUCUCAUGAUCCGCGAACCCAAUCAGAUCGACGUGGACCAAGUUCGCCAGCUCAUUUCGGUCUGCCUUCGCCUCGAGGUUCUUACGUCGCCUCAGGAAGUCAGCAGCGUGUUUGGUAUGGCACUCGCCAGGCAGAAUCCGCCGGCAUAUCUGGGGCCGGCUGUGCGGGAUGAUAUGACGGAUGAGGAGUUGGGGUUGAUCAUUGAGAGCUUGACGACAAGGAUGGAGAAUAGCAUAUCUAGCUUGUUCUUGAAACAGCUCGGAGGGUUCUCCGCUAUCCUCGAGGCACUGGAAGGCUCUUCGACUAUAGACAAGCAACGCCUCAUACAGGCCCUGGCGAUGAUGAGCGGGAUGCGGGGAACAUAG